AUGCCGGCAUCUCGCCCAAUGGUCCAGACCGCCCCUACGAUCGCCUACCCGGCUCAGCACGUCUUCGCUCCGCAAGCUCCUUCCAUCAAUCAUUCUCCAGUUGUGAAGGUCGACGGUGAAGGUUCUUCCGCCGGUUCCGAAAUCGGAGCAAAGGCCACUGCAGCUUCUACCAACGGCGCAGACAACUCGAACGUCUCCGGCAACGGUGCCAGUGACCAUGAGUAA